AUAUAUACUCAUAUGUGUAUAUAUAUAUAUACUCAUAUAUAUACUAUACUUAUUGUUUGGAAAAUUCCUAUUAACUUUUCAAGGCGUUGUUCAACUUUCAACUAUCAUCGAAUAUUAACCCCGGCUAUUUGCUCUGUCCUUCCUAUUGUACUUUGCACAUUCCAAUAUUACAACCCUUAUUACACCUGGUCAUAUUUCUUUAUUUGCAUGUCUUUCUCCACAAAUAGACUAUGAAUGGCUCCAGACAAGAAACUGUAUGCUUGAUUCUGGGCUUGGCAUAUAGGAACAUCUCAAUGAACAUUUCUGGGAUAGAUGGAUGGAUAGAGGGAUAGAUAAAGGAUAGUUGGAAAAUAUAUAAAUGACCUAUCAGAAUAAAACCUCCUGAGACCAGUAGUCAGCUAGAAUAGAUUUCUAGAGCAGGGAUACCCAGCUGAAUAAGAUCUGGCACUUGAAGACAUCAAGAAGGUUAGAGAUGGUUGGGCAUGAAGGCGUAUGCCUAUAAUCCCAGUACUCUGGGAGGCUGAGGCAGGAGGAUCAAUUGAGCCUAGAAUUUUGAGGCCUUCAUGGGCAACAAAGGGAUACCUCUGCAAAAUUUAAAAAUUCGUUAAAAACCUAGCCGGAUGUGCUGGUGUGCAGCUAUGGUUCUAGCCACUCAGGAGGCUGAGGUAGGAGAAUCAUUUGGUCUGGGAAGUUGAGGAUUAUGCCACUGCACUCCAGUGUUCUGGGUGACAGUGCAAGAUCCCAUCUCAAACAACAACAACAAAACCAAAAAAAAAAAUAGAAGAAGAAGGUUAGAGAAAAAAAAUCUAAGUCUAAACUAAUAGCUUCAGCAACGGCUUCCCCAUCAUCUCUCCUGCUGCUUGCCACACUGUUCUCCAUAAAACAGCCUGAAAGAGUUUUUAAAAGUAAAAUCAAAUCCUAUGUCUCACCUAUUUAAAACCUUUCUAUACCUUCCCAUUCCACCCUAAACUGAUCUCUAGCUCUCUCGGGCACUGCAUGAUCUGCUCAUCCUUCCAACGCAUUUCCUCAUCACUCUCCCUUUUACUCAUAAUGCCACAGCCAGAUUGGCCUCCCUUCUAUUCCAUAAACAAUCAAAACUUUCUUGCCUCUGGAUCUUCACAUUUAUCAUUCCCUUUUCAUAAAAUGGUGUUCCUCACCUUCUCAUGAUUGGCUGUCUGUUGGCAUGUAGAUCUCAGCUGAACUGUCACCGUCCUGAUGAGAUGAGACAUCCCUGACCAUCCUCUCCCAAAAACAAUCUGCUUCACUCAUCACAUCACACUGUUUCUCCCCUCCUAGCUGUUACCACAACCUGCAACUAACUUAUCAGUUGUCUACUUUAUUGUUUAUCUGUACCUGCAUAGGGACCUUAGACUGUCUUGCUUCCUGCUACGUUCCAAAAAGCCUAUAAUCAUGUCCAAUGUCAUAGAGGGCCCCAUACAUAUUUAUUAAAUAAAUUAAUCCAGGAAGGCAAAGCUGGAUCAAACUACAUCAGCACAUCUAGAGAAUUAUAGCAGUCAGAGGAGGAAAACUGUGAGUUAGGAUGGAAUCCAGCAGAAUGGUUCACUACCUAAGCCAAUAGACCUGAAAAGUCUUCUAUCAUUCCUUGACUGGACACUUCCCUGCAUGAAACCACGCCAUAGUACAGGUCCACUUUUGCCCAGAUCAACCCACAGAGCCAAGGGCUGGGUCAAAGGAACUUUAGCAUGGAAAACACCAAAAGAGAAUGCAGUCCCACAGCAGUCUCCCUGGUAAUAGCUUUUAAGGAUUAUUUGCUUAACCCAAAUAUAUGCAUAGGAUGUCCACCACCCACAUAUUUAGAAAAGGGAAAAUGAAGUAAGGUCAUACAACCUGCUUGCCUAUAACUGCAAUUCAGAACCCAGAAUUUAGGAGAAGUGAACACCCAAACUUUCAAAUCAGCAGUCCCUUUUUAAAAAAAAGUUCAUAAAGUGUGUGACUCAAAGAAGACCCUUUGAUUCUUCUCAGAGCAAAAGAUCUUAAAGGGCAAAUCAGAAAAGACUGAAACAGCCAGUGGAUUAUACAAUUUUGCGCAUCCUAUAUAUAUCUAUGAAAUAACUGUGGAAGUUGGCACUGUGGACAGAAGAGCUAUACUUAUAAAAUAUGCCCCAACAAAAAUCAUACUAUCUAUUAAAUAGUGCAGCAUAGAGAAAUCAGAAGAAAAGAAAAAAAGCAGAUGUUGCUAGAAGACUUGGAAGAGCAUCAGAUACUUUGGAGAAUCAUGGUCAUUGAAAAGGGGCUCAGAAGGCUAAAUUAGAUGUAAUUGUUAAUGGGUUGAUAAAAAGAAAAGGGAAAUUGACCAUGAUCCCAGUGUUAGGCCUUAACUUUUUACUCAGAUGUCAAAUUGGCUGCUGCAUUGGUGGGCUGAUAAUUUGAGGUCAAGGAGAGGUCUUUAAUCUGGCAGCCAGGAUGGAGUGCUUGUGCUGAAAGUUUAGGGACAUACUAAGAAAGCACAUAUCUAGGGAUGACUGUCUGGAUGACACAGCAAGUCACAGUUGCAUUAUGGGACAGGAGACCUAGAUGACCAUGGGCCUUGUAGAUGACCUUCAACGCCCUGAUUUGCAUAGCAACAUGUGACUUGUAAAAAAUGGAAGCUUCAUGAUUUAGUCUGUUUGUGCUAGUAUAACAAAAUAUAUGAGAUCAGAUCAUUUAUAAACAACAGAAACUUAUAUCUCACAUUCUGGAGGCUGGUAAGUCUGGUAAAAGCCCAGAGUCUCCUUCCAAGAUGGCUUCUUGUUGCUGCAUCCUCUGCAGGAGAUGGAUACUGUGUCCUCACGUGGCAGAGGAAUGGAAGGGGCCACCUAGUUCCCUCAAGCCCUUUUAUAAGGUCACUAAUCCCAUUCAUGAGGGCCUUGUCCUCAUAUGUUAAUCACUUCCUAAUGACCCCAGCUCUAAAUACUAUCACAUUGGCAAUUAAGUUUCAACAUAUGAAUUUGGAGGUAACACCUUCAGACCAUACAAUUUCACGAGAUCAAGAAAGAAUAUGGGACAAGGGUGAUUUUGGUGUAGGCUAACUCCUGCACUGCUGCAAUGGACUUUGGGAAUAUCUCUUACUUUGAGUCACACUGCCAAGGCCAGAGACAAGACAGAACAGAGGAGCAAAAGAAAGCCUAAAAUAUUCAUUCUCAUGACCUAGGAUGAUACAGGAUUUUAUGACCCAAUGGCUAAUGUUAUUCUGUGCAAUGCACUGACCUCCAAGAAAAGUAGCAGAAAGAGAGUUUUCAGAUAAGAGAUUUAGGGACCCUGGAACAAAGUAAUAUUGGCUACUCCAGUUCUUCCACAGUAAAUGAGAAAGGAGAAACCUUUAUUUUGGUCACAUUGGAUAGUUUUAGUGGAUAGAUGGAGGCUUUCUCAAUAAAGUACUAAAGAGCUAAACUAAUGGCAGAGAUUAAAGUCUAAGAAAUCUUCUCUUUCCCAGGGGUCCCCAAGUUUGCCUCAGACCGUGGGCAAACUCAUGAAAGAGCUGACUCACUAGCAUAUGACCAAACCUAAACAGACUUUGCUCUCCUCUGGCUUGUUCCCCUGCACUCAUACCCUUGUCCUCCAUCAGAAAUCAGCCACAGAGACAGUGGGACUUGGCGCCCUUUCUAAAACUUUACUCUCUGGAAUUUCACUUCUAUAUCAUAGAACUCUUUGUCAGAUACCACUUUCUCAGCCUCGUUCCAUUUGUGUUAAGUUUAUAACUACAGUCUCAUGAUUCUCCUCACAUCAGAAAAAGAUAAGAACAUCUCAGUACUAAAUUUUUUUUGUGGUUAAGUAAACAAAUAAAUAAAGCCUUGAAGAUAAAACUUGAAAUUAUAGAAAACAUAAGUAGGAUAACAUCCACCCCUCCAAACACCCAAUCACAGUCUCGUAAAUCAUUUUUUUUUGUAAAUCAUUUUUUUUUCAUGCUUUCAUGUUGGCUAGUGAUCAUGUUGCAAAAUUUCCCAAAGUUUCUUUUAUUACAGGUACUUCAAGCAGGCAUAAUUGUCUGCUUAAGGUCAUCUCUUCAAACCUGAAAUCAUCAGCUGAGGACUUGUGGGAGACAUUACAGAUAGGUUUGGGCCCUCUUCUGGGUCACGCUAGAAUCAGAUCUGCUCUCCAGCAUUUUCUGUUUCCUGGCAAGUGUUUCCUGCUACUUUGGAUUGGCCACGAUGGGCUGGAGCUGCCUUGUGACAGGAGCAGGAGGGCUUCUGGGUCAGAGGAUCGUCCGCCUGUUGGUGGAAGAGAAGGAACUGAAGGAGAUCAGGGCCUUGGACAAGGCCUUCAGACCAGAAUUGAGAGAGGAAUUUUCUAAACUCCAGAACAAGACCAAGCUGACUGUACUUGAAGGAGACAUUCUGGAUGAGCCAUUCCUGAAGAGAGCCUGCCAGGACAUCUCGGUCAUCAUCCACACCGCCUGUAUCAUUGAUGUCUUUGGUGUCACUCACAGAGAGUCCAUCAUGAAUGUCAAUGUGAAAGGUACCCAGCUACUGUUGGAGGCCUGUGUCCAAGCCAGUGUGCCAGUCUUCAUCUACACCAGUAGCAUAGAGGUAGCCGGGCCCAACUCCUACAAGGAAAUCAUCCAGAACGGCCACGAAGAAGAGCCUCUGGAAAACACAUGGCGCACUCCAUACCCGUACAGCAAAAAGCUUGCUGAGAAGGCUGUGCUGGCGGCUAAUGGGUGGAAUCUAAAAAAUGGUGAUACCUUGUACACUUGUGCCUUAAGACCCACGUAUAUCUAUGGGGAAGGAGGCCCAUUCCUUUCUGCCAGUAUAAAUGAGGCCCUGAACAACAAUGGGAUCCUGUCAAGUGUUGGAAAGUUCUCUACAGUCAACCCAGUCUAUGUUGGCAACGUGGCCUGGGCCCACAUUCUGGCCUUGAGGGCUCUGCGGGACCCCAAGAAGGCCCCAAGUGUCCGAGGUCAAUUCUAUUACAUCUCAGAUGACACGCCUCACCAAAGCUAUGAUAACCUUAAUUACAUCCUGAGCAAAGAGUUUGGCCUCCGCCUUGAUUCCAGAUGGAGCCUUCCUUUAACCCUGAUGUACUGGAUUGGCUUCCUGCUGGAAGUAGUGAGCUUCCUACUCAGCCCAAUUUACUCCUAUCAACCCCCCUUCAACCGCCACACAGUCACAUUAUCAAAUAGUGUGUUCACCUUCUCUUACAAGAAGGCUCAGCGAGAUCUGGCGUAUAAGCCGCUCUACAGCUGGGAGGAAGCCAAGCAGAAAACCGUGGAGUGGGUUGGUUCCCUUGUGGACCGGCACAAGGAGACCCUGAAGUCCAAGACUCAGUGAUUUAAGGAUGACAGAGAUGUGCAUGUGGGUAUUGUUAGGAAAUGUCAUCAAACUCCACCCACCUGGCUUCAUACAGAAGGCAACAAGGGCACAAGCCCAGGUCCUGCUGCCUCUCUUUCACACAAUGCCCAACUUACUGUCUUCUUCAUGUCAUCAAAAUCUGCACAGUCACUGGCCCAACCAGAACUUUCUGUCCUAAUCAUCCACCAGAAGACAAACAAUAUGAUUUGCUGUUACCAAAUCUCAGUGGCUGAUUCUGAACAAUUGUGGUCUCUUUUAACUUGAGGUUCUCUUUUGACUAAUAGAGCUCCAUUUCCCCUCUUAAAUGAGAAAGCAUUUCUUUUCUCUUUAAUCUCCUAUUCCUUCACACAGUUCAACAUAAAGAGCAAUAAAUGUUUUAAUGCUUAACAUGGAGAGAAGCAUGGUUUCUGUUAAUACAUACUUUCAUCCUUUUCCUUUCAUUUCCAACUAUCACCAUCUCCAACUUAGAAGAGUAGCAUGAAACCGGGGUUGGGGGGUGGGCAGAGUAGUAGGAGGUACAGAAAGGGCAGAUGAAUACUGAAUAAGCUCUACUAUGUUUUAGGCAUGUAUGAAAUGAACUACAUAUGACAUAUAUUAUCUCAUUUAAUACUCAUCAGAAACCUGUCAAUUGAGGAAAAUGACAAGACACGUCUCAAUCAUUUUAGGAGAUUCACUUGAAGAUGUGCCCAGGAGACAGGCCUAUGCCUUUCUCCAAAGAUGAUUUUGAGGUCUCCAAUUCAAAGGAGGGAAAGAGAGGGAUAUUGAGAAGCACACAGUUUUUAUGUAAUGGGAUGGUAGGAAAAAAAUAGUCAUUCAUGCCUUUGUCUGGCUCAGUGAAUCUGCAUUUUUUACAUAAGAUGACAUAAACAGUAGGGGCAGAGGGAAAUG